UUCGGAUAUCAUUGAAACUACAGCUGGAAUGGAGGUUGUAGCUGUGGAGGAGGAGCAAAGCUGAAGUUGGUUCUUUGAAAUGAAAUUAGAGUGAAAUGUUGGAUACUGACAUUUAUGAUUAAGCUAGAAGUUUGCAAAGUGUACUCUUAGUUGAAGAUAUGGCAGCUUUAGGUACAAAUAUAUUGUCAGCAUUUAUUGUCUUGAAAAAGUUUGCCCUGGGGCCAAGACUGUUAAGAAUUUAUCCAGUUCCGAGAGGGCCAUCUGGGCGAGACUAUGAACCAAACAAUUUGGAAUUCUUUUGUGAUUUCCUCAUCAAAUCUAUUUCAAAUGCUGUAUCAUUGUCGAUUUACAUGUCACCUGUUGUUCUUUUCUACAUGUUUAGAAAAGGGUUGAUGACUGCAAGCCAAAUUAUGUAUCUAUCAAAAGUGUUUGCAACUCUUGGAGUAGGCGUCAGUAUUCUUUUGAUUGGUAGAGGAAUCGACAGAUAUAGGAAUCCUCAUUAUCAGCGGUUCAUGAAAAUUUUAGAUGAAGCAAGACAAGAUCCUGAAUUCAAGGAACAGCUGCAAGCAUAUGAUUUUGAAUUCUUUGCCUGGUUGGUUGAUUUCAAAUGGAACGAAAGUUCCUUGGCCCCUAUGAAGUACCGACAGUCUGCUGAAAAGAAUGAUGAUGUGCCAUUUACCUGGAAGUUUGUCCAACUACCCCUGAAAGCUUUCGACUACUUUGUCGCCCAUGGUUUUGCGAGACCCAUGAUAUAUCCAGGAUCAGUGAAGUUGUUGCAAAAUGCUUUUGCCGAUACCAUCCUUAAGGGGCGUGCAUAUUUGAUUGAAAAGAACGGCAGACGAGCUAAAGUGCUGACUGAAGAUGGCAAUGAGAUUGACACGAUGUUUUUAGACAAAAGAAGUAUUGAAUACAAUGGUGAAACACUGGUUAUUACAUGUGAGGGAAAUGCAGCUUUCUAUGAACUUGGAUGCAUGGUUGUUCCGCGAAUUGCCGGAUACUCAAUUCUUGGCUGGAACCAUCCUGGCUUUGCUGGCAGUUCGGGGCUCCCCUACCCAGAUCCGGAGAAAAAGGCCGUUGACGCUGUUGUCAAGUAUGCUGUUACCAAACUUGGAUUCCCUCUGGAAAAUAUAAUAUUUUUUGCAUGGUCAAUAGGUGGGUAUUCGGCAUCCUAUGCUGCAAUGGCCUACCCUCAGAUCAAAGGAAUCAUUUUGGAUGCCACGUUUGACAAUGUUCUUCCUUUGGCUACAGCAAGGAUGCCCUCAGUACUCCUGAGCACUGUUAAAAGAGUGGUAAGGGAUUACUUCCCGUUGAAUGUGGAGCAGCAGCUUCUCAGGUACCCUGGUCCAGUUCGAUUGAUACGAAGAUUUCAAGAGGAAAUCAUCACAACAAAGUCCUUUGAACCAGCAACCAACCGAGGAAAUUUCUUGUUAGUCAACCUUUUGAGAUACAGAUAUCCCGGCAUCAUGACAGAGGAAAGCGUUAACGCAGCCUGGGAAUUCUUAGCCGCUCCAAACUUUCAAGUUCAAGCUGCUGUCAAAGAGCGGUACAGAUACAAUGAAGAGGCAUGCGAAAAUGCCAUAAAACUGGCGACAAACGGCCAAUGGCCAACGUUUCCUUGUCACGCAGGCGAAGAAUGGGAACCUGAGUUUCGAUGUAAUGUUGCAUUGUUUCUUGUAUCAAAACACAUGGAUCACUUUGACGCCACUCAUAACACUCCUCUCCCGUCUUCGUACUUCCGCUUCCCGUGGCAUUAUUAGAUGGCUAGGAGACAAAGGAGCUGUGACAGGACGAUCUGCCAAUGAAAUCCAUGGUUUUCAGUGAAGAAAAGAACAUUUAGUCUUUGCACGAUUUAGGUUUUCUAUAGAGGUAGAUUUUCACUAGAUUUUGAGUAUGUUUUCAAAAGUUACGAACAUCGCUCCAGC